AUGUCUGAGGAUGAAAAGGGUGAAAAGGUUUAUACAUUCUCGUUGAAAGUGAUGAUUGAUAAAGAGAGAAGCAAGGUACUUUUUGCCACAGCCGACCGCCAUUUCGUAGACAUUUUGUUAAGCUUCUUGACUUUGCCUUUGGGAAGAAUUAUCAGAGUGUUGAAGCAGCAUUAUGGAGAUGAGCUGCCUACCAUUGGGAGCCUAUGCAGUUUGUAUCAUAGCUUGUCGAAUCUCGAUAACUCCCAUUUUGUGACGGUUGGUGCUAAGCAGAAUCUGCUCAAUCCAACCACUUCAUUUGAAAAUGAAUACAAAUGGCUGAAACUUGAUAUUACUGAUUUUCAGCCUGCUACAUAUUUCUAUUGUUCAGUCUCAUAUCGUCGUUGUAGUAACAAAUUUAGGAGUGAAAGCAAUUACUAUGAUUAUAUCGAGCUUUGCCAAGAUUGUGGUUCUUACGAGAUGGUAAAGGUAGUAGCUAAGAAGGAGUCUGAAGCUGGUUAUAGUGAUGGAAUCUGGACUGUUCGUGGGGCAUCUUUCACAAUCCUUGAUGAUCUCCAAAUAUUUCCAGAUGAGAUCGGACUUGUACAAAUCAUGACCCUUCUUGGCAUCACAGACACUAAUAAGGCGGAAGUAUUCCAAGUAGAUCUUGGCUUCAAUGAGAUUAUGAAGUUGUUGAAGGCAUCCUUGACGUCGCCAACUCCAUUGUCGGACGUCAUCCUAAACAAAACAACGCUCAUCAAUUCUCCAAGGGUUCCAUUACAUCACAUAUCAAAGGAAGAAAACCCCAAUUCUAGUAGUGUAAGUUUGAAAUUGGUGACACAAAAAUCAAGUGGAAAGUUAUUAUAUGCUCAAGCUAAGGAAGAUUUUGUCGAGUUUCUGUUUAGUUUCUUCAACAUACCGAUAGGAGGAGCCGAGCACCUCAUGGGAGGUAAGGCUUGUGUUAAGGCCAUCGACAACUUGUAUCGAAGCGCAUCUGAAUUCAUAGGUGACAAGUAUUUCAAGACCACAGAAGAUAAAAUGAAGCUUCUGAAUCCCAAUUUGCCUCAUGGUUGUAUCUCUAAAAACCAGAUUCUUCCUCUUGUUGAAGAAUGCUUACCUGCCAACUACACGGCUUUUCUCUCAAGAUUUUCUUCUGUGAAGUUUCCCAAAGGGCAAGGGUGUUAUCUUGAGGAACCAAGGACUUAUCAUGUGACAGAUGAUUUAACUGUGAAGCCCUUUUGUAGUGUUUCUGUCCUUUCCUGUCUCAAUAGCCUGAAGAUCCCGAUGUCUGAUGUCGAAGAAAGGGAGAUUGAAAUUGGAUUCAAAGAGGCUUUGAACAUACUGAAAGCCUCUCUAACAUCCACUUCUGCUCUCUCUGAUGCUCUACUCACUCAGAUUCCCAACAAACAAAUAAAAAGAGAAGUCUGA